ACUUUCAGCUCACCCUCUCUAAAAUCCAAGCUAGCACCACCAUUCCUUUUCUUUUCUCUCUCACCUAUGACCAAGAAAACUGUACCCCAUAAAAAGUAAAUUGAACCGUUGCCACCCUCCUUUUACUACUAUUAUAAAAAAACCACUAGUACUACUACUACUACACUUUCUCUUUCUUGUCUUUCUCUCUUAGCUGCUUUCUUGCUCUCUUUCUGCUCAUUUUUUCUUUGCUCUCUAUCUUAUAAUGUAACUGCACAAAAAAAAGGGAGCAUUUUUUUUCUUCAUAAAACACUUUGAAAGUAUUGAUUUUUACUUACUUUGAAACCAAUGGCUUCUUGUACUCAGUCUUUCCAAAUCACCCUUGUGUGCAUUUUCUUGUUUAUGGGGUUAUGUUUUGCUGGAGAUCCAUUUAAGUUUUUUAACUUUGAAGUCUCCUACAUUGAAGCUUCUCCACUUGGUGUGCCCCAACAGGUUAUUGCUAUAAAUGGAAAAUUUCCUGGACCAACAAUGAAUGUGACCACUAAUGACAAUGUUGUUGUUAAUGUAAAGAACAAAUUAGAUGAAGAACUUCUCCUGCAUUGGUCUGGUGUUCAACAGAAGAAGACAACUUGGCAAGAUGGGUUACCAGGAACAAACUGUCCUAUCCCUUCAAGAUGGAAUUGGACUUACCAAUUUCAGGUCAAGGACCAAAUUGGAAGUUUCUUUUACUUCCCUUCACUCCAUUUUCAGAGAGCAUCAGGUGGUUUUGGUGGAAUUACUAUUAACAACAGGGGUGAAAUUCCAAUCCCUUUUGAUUUUCCAUAUGAUGAUAUCACUAUUAUGAUUGGUGAUUGGUACACCAGAAAUCACACGGCUUUGAGGAACACUCUUCUUGCCGGGAAAGAUUUGGGGAAGCCAGAUGGUGUUUUAAUUAAUGGAAAAGGUCCUUAUAGAUACAAUGAUACUAUUGUGCCUGAUGGCAUUGACUAUGAAACUAUCACCGUCCACCCGGGCAAAACCUACCGGAUUCGUGUAAGCAAUGUAGGGAUAUCAACCAGCUUGAACUUCAGAAUUCAGAAUCAUAACUUACUUUUGGCAGAAGCAGAGGGAUCAUAUACUGUGCAGCAAAACUAUACUAGCUUAGACAUACAUGUUGGACAAUCAUACUCCUUUUUGAUAACCAUGGAUCAGAACGCAAGUUCUGAUUACUAUAUUGUUGCAAGCGCCAGAUUUGUCAACCAAUCACAAUGGCAAAGAGUCACUGGUGUUGGCAUUUUAAAAUACACAAACUCAAAAGGAAAGGCACAUGGUCCUCUUCCCGAACCACCUCAAGAUGAAUUCGACAAAACUUACUCCAUGAACCAGGCUAGAUCUAUUAGGUGGAAUGUAACGGCAAGCGGAGCUCGCCCAAAUCCCCAAGGCUCUUUCAGAUAUGGCUCAAUUAAUGUGACAGAGAUAUACGUGAUCCAAAAUAAGCCGCCAACGAUGGUAGAUGGAAAAAGAAGAACAACACUUAAUGGGAUUUCGUUUGUUAAUCCUAAAACACCAAUCAGACUUGCUGACAAGUACAAAUUAAAGGGUGUAUAUAAGCUAGACUUCCCUAUGGCACCACUAACAGGACCUCCUAAGAUGGAAACCUCUGUUAUAAAUGGUACCUACAGGGGAUUUAUGGAAGUAAUAUUACAGAACAACGAUACCAAGGUGCAUACAUACCACAUGAGUGGAUACGCCUUUUUUGUGGUCGGGAUGGAUUAUGGUGUAUGGUCAAAUAGUAGUAGGGGCACUUACAACAAAUGGGAUGGAAUAGCUCGAACCACAACACAGGUUUUCCCUGGAGCAUGGACAGCAAUCUUGGUCUCCCUUGACAAUGUUGGAAUUUGGAACCUGAGAACAGAAAACCUCGACUCAUGGUUUCUAGGCCAAGAAACAUACAUCAGGGUUGUUAAUUCAGAGCCCUCUAACAAGACUGAGAUGCCAAUGCCAGACAAUGCACUCUUCUGUGGUCAACUUAGCAAACUGCAAAAGCCUCAAGAUAUAUCAUCUGCAACAUCCAUUAGAGGCAACGGGUCGAAAUUCAUUUUCACGAUGCUGCUGCUGGUAUCUGCAAUCUUUUCUGUGUUCCAUUAGGGAACUUUUCCACUGAUGCUUGAUGUUGUGUUAAAAUUCGGGAGCCCGGCUUUUCCCUGUGAAGGGUAUUGUGAUUGUGUUUGUAGGAGUCUAGUUGUAGUUAUGUUGAUAAAGGCCAUUAUUAAUUGUUUUAACUUGUAAUUUUCAUUUAUUUUCCGGUUGCGUCAAUUGCUGCUCCCCCGGAUGGUUGUUUAGUUUAUUGAAAUUUCAUACAUUCUUUUAAAUUGCCUAUAAUAUAUGUAAUGGCUACUAUUCAUUAAUUUUAGUA